GAGAGAGAGGUCAUUCAAGAUGGGUCGCGUGAUCCGCUCCCAGCGUAAAGGUAGGGGGAGCAUCUUCACGUCCCACACCAGAACACGCAAGGGACCUGCACGUCAUCGCACACUUGACGCAGCAGAGCGAAAUGGCUACAUCAGGGGAGUUGUGACAGAGAUCAUCCACGAUCCUGGUCGUGGCGCACCUCUGGCGAGGGUGACGUUCCGCAACCCCAUCCGGUAUGGGCUGAAGAAGGAGCUCUUCAUUGCCCCGGAGGGUCUCUACUCAGGCCAGGCUGUGUACGCCGGCAAGAAGGCAACUCUGUCCAUCGGCAACAUCAAGCCCGUUGGAGAGAUGCCUGAGGGUGCCAUCAUCUGCAAUGUUGAGGAGAAGGCGGGCGACCGCGGCGCACUGGCGCGCGCAUCAGGGGACUACGCCAUUGUGGUGGCGCACAACCCAGAGGCAGGCAUCACCCGCAUCAAGCUGCCUUCCGGCUCCAAGAAGGUGAUCCCCAGCACAUGCCGUGCGAUGGUGGGACAGGUGGCAGGCGGCGGCCGUACAGAGAAGCCCAUGCUGAAGGCCGGUAACGCCUACCACAAGUACAAGGCCAAGAGGAACAGCUGGCCCAAGGUGCGUGGUGUGGCCAUGAACCCUGUAGAACAUCCCCACGGUGGUGGUAACCACCAGCAUAUUGGUCAUGCCUCCACUGUGCGGAGGGACGCGCCCCCCGGCCAGAAGGUUGGUCUCAUUGCCGCCCGCCGCACCGGUCGCCUCAAGGGUACCGCCAAGGUCCUCGACAAGGAGUGAGAAGCCUGUCGCGCUGUGCACCAGCGUGCCUGUGCGCCUCAGUACAGGGAUUUUGGCGCACGCACUCUUUGCUUCAGGCUGUGCGAGAGCACUGCAUUGCUUUGUGGUCGAUGUGGGGAAGAGCAGGGCACCCGACAAGGAAGUCAGAGGGCUGUUCGGCAUAGCUUCAUGUGUACACUGUCCAAGACUGUCUCGCUUGAUCUGUGUGCUGCGGUGCUGUGUGGAGAGUUUUUUGCACCAGACAUCCGUUCAGGGCACUCGAGCAGACUGCUGAUCGAUCUCACAGUAGCAUAAAUGUAAUGCGCGAGCAACGCAGUUU